AUGGCGUGGCUCGGUCAGGCCCCAGGUGGUGCGAUGACCAUGAAGAGUCAGGUGUGGCCUGUGUCACCCGGUGUGCGCUCCAUCCGAUCCGGCCAUCCGCCCAACGAGGAAACCGGUAGGCGCAGGUCUGUCGUGCAUAUGCCCGCCACAACCACGGCUGUUUCUGAUGGUGGUGGUGGCAUAGGAGGAUCUGGACCGAGAGAGGGAUUUUGUACAGAGGCAUAUUACGCUGGUUCACUUGGGUGGGGGAUUGAAGUAGAUUAUCCGGUCACGCUUUCGGCACGACAUGCCAAUGAGGAGGCCAAGCAUCCAGUCAGCGGGUGUUGA